UUUCGGGUGCUUUUUGCUCUCUCGUCCAUUGCCAUCCAAUCUGAUUCUCUUCUUCUCUGCUUCACUCACUCAAUUUCAGCAGCACAACCUCCUCCCUCCGAUGACGACGACGUCGUUCGGCGCCUCAAACGCCGCCGUGUUCACCGACCCAACCAUCCAGAUUCAUACCUUUCAUGGCCUCAAAUCCACAACCUCCCUCGCUUUGGCCAGACAUGUCCGCUUCUUCGCCCCUUCUUCGUCUCCUUCUUCCUCUUCUUCUUAUCCUCUCCUCGUCCGCGCCGUCUCCACGCCAGCAAAGCCUGGUGUUGCAGCUGAGCCGAAGCGUAGUAAGGUUGAAAUUUUCAAAGAACAUAGCAAUUAUAUAAGAUACCCUCUUAAUGAAGAGUUGUUGACAGAUGCCCCUAACAUAAACGAGGCUGCCACACAAUUGAUCAAAUUUCAUGGGAGCUAUCAGCAGUAUAACAGAGAAGAUCGAGGACAGAGGUCUUAUUCGUUCAUGCUUCGUACCAAGAAUCCUUGUGGGAAAGUGUCAAACCAGCUGUACUUGACAAUGGAUGAUCUUGCUGAUCAAUUUGGAAUUGGGACGCUUCGUCUAACCACCAGACAAACAUUUCAGCUACAUGGAGUUCUCAAGAAGGAUCUGAAGACAGUUAUGAGCACCAUUAUUCGGAGCAUGGGUUCAACGCUUGGUGCUUGUGGUGACCUUAACAGGAACGUUCUUGCUCCUGCUGCCCCACUUGUGAGAAAAGAUUACCUUUUUGCCCAGCAAACUGCCGAAAACAUUGCUGCUUUAUUAACUCCUCAAUCAGGAUUUUAUUAUGAUAUGUGGGUAGAUGGGGAGAAAUUCAUGUCGGCAGAACCUCCAGAAGUGGUGGAGGCCCGUAAUGACAAUUCUCAUGGAACAAAUUUUGAGGAUUCUCCUGAGCCUAUAUAUGGAACUCAAUUCCUCCCUAGAAAAUUUAAAAUUGCAGUGACUGUUCCAGUUGACAACUCUGUAGACAUUCUCACAAACGAUAUUGGUGUUGUCGUCAUUUCUGAUGCUGAGGGGGAGCCUCAAGGGUUCAACAUAUAUGUUGGAGGGGGCAUGGGAAGAACUCAUAGACAAGAGACCACCUUUCCACGUUUGGGAGAGCCAUUAGGAUACGUUCCCAAGGAGGAUAUUCUAUAUGCAGUUAAAGCUAUUGUUGUCACGCAACGUGAAAAUGGUAGAAGAGAUGAUCGCAAAUAUAGUAGACUAAAAUACUUGAUCAGUUCCUGGGGGAUUGAAAAAUUUAGGAGUGUUGUGGAGCAAUAUUAUGGGAAGAAAUUUAAAUCUUUCCGGGAAUUACCAGAGUGGAAGUUUGAAAGUUACUUGGGGUGGCACGAGCAGGGUGAUGGUCACUUAUAUUGUGGGCUACAUGUUGAUAGUGGUCGUAUUGCUGGGCAAAUGAAGAAGACAUUGAGGGAGGUGAUAGAGAAAUAUAAUUUGGAUGUUCGUAUCACCCCAAAUCAAAACAUCAUCUUGACCAACAUUCGCAAUGCAUGGAAGCGUCCCAUUACUACAGUUCUUGCACAAAGUGGUUUGCUGCAACCAAGGUAUGUAGAUCCCCUGAACUUAACUGCGAUGGCAUGUCCAGCUAUGCCACUUUGCCCUUUGGCAAUAACAGAAGCCGAGAGAGGAAUUCCAGACAUCCUUAAGCGAGUUCGAGCUGUAUUUGAAAAGGUUGGUCUCAAGUACAGCGAGUCUGUUGUUAUUAGGAUAACUGGUUGCCCAAAUGGUUGUGCUAGGCCUUAUAUGGCUGAACUUGGAUUAGUAGGUGACGGUCCGAACAGCUACCAGUUAUGGCUUGGGGGAAAACCCAAUCAAACGUCAUUGGCAAGGACUUUUAUGGAUAAAGUUAAGAUCCAUGACCUUGAAAAAGUCUUGGAACCCUUAUUUUAUCAUUGGAAGCGCAAACGACACUCUAAAGAAUCAUUUGGAGACUUCACGAACCGCUUGGGAUUUGAGAAACUUAAAGAGCUGGUUGAAAAAUGGGAUGGUCCUGUGCUUGCACCAGCACGAUACAAUCUGAAGCUUUUUGCUGAUAAGGAUACGUUUGAGGCCAUGGAUAACCUUGCAAGGCUUCAGAAUAAGAAUGCACAUCAAUUAGCAAUGGAAGUCGUUCGCAACUACGUGGCUGCUCAACAAAACGGGAGGAAUGAAUGAUUUGGGUUUAUCAAUCUGUUUGAAUGAUCAAGUAAGGUUCUUGCAAAUGGCUUGGCAAGUUCUUGGAAAGAUCCUCACCCUCUUUUUUAAUGGAGAAAGAAGAACCAAAAGAUGAAGAUAAAAGCAAUAGAAAACAAAGAUUCUUUCAUUAUGAGAAAAUGGUACUAUAGAAAUGAUGUCCCACAGAAUACUUCUGCAGUGAAACUUGCAUCAGAAGUUCAGAGCUUGUCAUCUUCUGAUCUUUUCUUCUCUCUAAUCAAUCAAUAUUUUUGGUUUACGAGAAGGGAGUAUUAUUGAAACUUUCCGAUCGUAUGAUAUUGUUUACUUUAAGCAUAAACUUUCUAUACCCAUGAUCUUCCCCUUAAUUAGCCAAUGUAGGAUUUCAACCAAUUCUCAACAAUCCUCCCCUCGAACAAAGUACAUCAUAUAACCUCCUCUCUACAACCCUUGAACAAAGUAUACUCUUUGUUCGACACCUGAGUCACUAUGACUACACUUUCGAGGCUCACAACUUUUUUGUUCGACACUUGAAGAUUCUAUUAGCAUGACUAAGUUAUGAUAAGGACAUGGUUUUGGUUCUGAUACCAUGUUAGAAACAAUGGAUCUCCACAAUAGUAUUAUAUUGCCUACUUUGAGUAUAAACUUUUAUAGUUUUGCUUUUGGUUUGGCCCAAAUGGUCUCUACCAAUGGAGAUAGUGUCUCUUACUUUUAUACCCAUGAUCUUCCCCCAUGUGAGACUCCAAUACAUCUCCCAUCCA